CACCGCCGCAGUUCCGGGUGAGCCCCCGCGGGCUGGUGGCCCCGUUUUGUGUCGCGUGUCGUCCUCUCCCCGACCCUUCCUGCUGGUCUGUGAGUGCCGAGUCAGCGCCUCUGCUUCCGCGGGCCCCGGUCUCUGCGCUUCGGCUCCCCCCUGGGGGUUAUGAGCAGGGGUGGCGGAGGUAUGGAGGCGCGCUUCACGCGCGGGAAGUCGGCGCUGCUGGAGCGCGCGCUGGUGCGGCCGCGCACCGAGGUGAGCCUGAGCGCCUUCGCGCUGCUCUUCUCCGAGCUGGUGCAGCACUGUCAGAGCCGCGUCUUCUCGGUGGCCGAGCUGCAGGCCCGGCUGGCCGCGCUGGGCCGCCAGGUGGGCGCGCGUGUGCUGGAUGCGCUGGUGGCGCGGGAGAAGGGCGCUCGGCGCGAGACCAAGGUGCUGGGCGCGCUGCUGUUCGUCAAGGGCGCCGUGUGGAAGGCGCUCUUCGGCAAAGAAGCCGACAAGCUGGAGCAGGCCAACGAUGACGCCCGCACCUUCUACAUAAUUGAGCGGGAGCCGCUCAUCAACACCUACAUCUCCGUGCCCAAGGAGAACAGCACGCUCAACUGCGCCAGCUUCACAGCGGGCAUCGUGGAGGCCGUGCUUACUCACAGCGGCUUUCCCGCCAAGGUCACGGCGCACUGGCACAAGGGGACCACGCUCAUGAUCAAGUUCGAAGAGGCUGUCAUCGCCAGGGACCGGGCCCUGGAGGGCCGCUGACCCCGAGCGAGAUAAAGGAUGUGGAGGCCCCUUCC